UCCCGCCUAUCGAUCCGUCUGUACCACGUCUACGACUAUCACCCCCUCCCCCUCCCGUCUCGUCAUCCCACCCUCCACCUCCUCAUGAGCUUGCUAGUGAGGGGAUCCGUAUAUUAUCUCCGUGUGGCCGACGGCAUCGGUACCUGAAGUCUUUAUAAGAGCAGCCCAGCCCGCUUUGCCUCUACCUCCAUCCUCCGGCAUCAUUGCCACCAUCUUAAAUCAACCGACCUUUUACACCCGCUCCAGUUUGAUACAAGUCAUACAAAUCGAUACCCUCAACGACAACCGUCAUCAAAGAGGGAUUGUUAUCACGAAGCAGCUACGAAACAACAACCACAUCAGCUACAACAACAACCAUCGAGGGAGAACCUUAGUACCGAUCAACUAUCCAUCACCACCAUGGUCGAGGUUCUCUAUAGCACGCCAACCCUUUUGCAGGGUUCGGGGUUGCCGUUCACCAGAGAGGAUCACAGGAGGAAGGAAAUGAGCCUUAUGCGGUCAGGAAAGCGAGUUCCACGCCGGUCUCAAACCUUCCAGGAAUAUCACAUCCCGCAGCCCCCUCUCUUUACCCUCCACACUAUUCAACAGCUUCCCGAAGAAGAUGUUGCCAAGCAGCCGGUCGUAUCUGUAAAGGAGAGGAGCCAGCCCAAGCCGACAGAAGAGAAGGUGACGGUACUCCGCAGGCCUGCGCUGGGCCCUCCUCGCCGGUCUUACUCUGUCACGGAUCGUUUGCCGUUGCCCAUGCCAUCGGCAGGCAAGCUCUUGCUCGAUCUGCCACCAGAGCUACACAUGGCCAUCUUCGACUUUCUCGACCCUAUCGAUAGCACCUGUCUCGGGUUGACCAACAAGCACUUCUACGCCAUCCACCGGCGAAUGCACGGGACUGUUCCGCUCAGGACGCGGCGCGAAGGUCCAAACGAGCUGGAGUGGGCGUGGCAUCUUGCAGGCACUGUCAGGAAAUCGGCGCCAUGCUCUCCGGUGGAAGAGAAGAGCGAGGAAGAGAGCAAGAAGUCUCUGUCUCUGUCGCAGCUCCGGGUCCGUGGCCAAGCAUACUGCAGAAAAUGCGGUGUCACGCGGUGCCAGCUGCAUAAGCACAUCCAGGAAUGGAUGGGCGACAACAUGGAGUACUGCUCCAUCCGGGAGAAGUAUGGGCCGAUUGCGCCCGAGGGUGCUAAGUCAUAUUGCUAUAUGAGCAAGCCUGGCGACAAGACACGGUGUGGGCGACACUUUGUGCGGAAGUCGAAGGUGGUUUUGCAGUGAACAGUGGUCUGGGUUUUCGGUUUUGGGCGGGUUUCUUUUUUGAUACUUACAUGAAGGGGCGAUGAUUACAUACUGGGUUUGGGUUUUUUGAAGCAUG